AUGUCAACAAACAGAUUUAUUCAGUCUUUCACUCAGAUCCCAAAGGAGUUGUUCCGCCUGAACACAGGAGCUGCUGUUCGCCUUCGCGCUCAGCCAGGCCCUGUGCGACCGCAGCGUAGCUUCGACCUCCUGACAGCUGCAGGAAAAGUCCAACCCAAAGCUCUCGAUCCAACUUCCUAUGAAUGGCCCAAUGGCGCUUCCAUGCGCCCCAACUCCGCCGGACAGCAGAAUCUCGUUCGCACUUUCAGGGGCUCUACGAUUUAUGUAUAUGCUGUUCCUGCAGGAACUGCAUUGCCUGAUGAUCUCAUCCUCGUCCACGAAUUUGGCGACCAUUACUCACUGCAAGCUCGGAAGGAGAUGACAGUCGAAGAGCUCAACGCCAAGAUCAAUGCUUUCCUGACCUCAAAGGGACAGCGCUUUACCAAAGAGGAAUGGUUGCAACGGUACCCUCAAGCUACUGAGUGA